AUGGUCGCUCGGGACUAUUUGACGGCAAGCCGUGGCCUCCUCGCGCAAGGGCGGGUGGAGCUGGUCAGGGGGGAUGUCCGGCAGGCAUCCGAGAAAGGUUGGGGCGCCGCCGCGCAGAUCGUAAAAGCGAUAGCGGAGCAGCGCGGUUGGGACCACCGAGGGCACGGACAUCUCCACGCAGCCGUAAGGCGGCUACGGGAUGAAACGGGCGACCAGGAAAUCCGGCGGAUCUUUCAGGUUGCCAACAGCCUCCACGUGAACUUCUACGAAAACUGGGAAGACACCCAGAACGUGGCCGAAGGUCUGGACGAUAUCGAGCGAUUUAUCGCCAAGUUAGAGCCUAUCGCCUUGGCCGGGUGGCCGAGUUAG